AUGUUGAUCAGAACCCUCGUAAAGGAUCCGGACUGCAGAAACUUUCUGGAUUCUCAGCCGGAAAUUGAGAACAUGGUGUGCACACUCCUUCAAACGUUUGCAGCCCUGGCCACCAGGCUGGAGGACAAGGAUACAGCAAAACCAUCGAUGGGCGAAGUCAACGCGGAGCGCAAGGAGCUAGUGGCCACCAUAGUCGACCUCCUAGAGAGCUUGAGCGACUUACUGGUCUACCGUGUCAUCUGGCCGAACUUUGAACUUGGGAAUUGGAACAAGACCAUACGAGGAGUGAUCUCAUGUUUGAGGUGUGGUCGUGAAGUGAUUUCUCAAGAGGAUGUUGUGAUCAGAUUAACGUGUCAAAUUCAGAAAUUGAAAGAGAAACAUAGAGAAGAUAUGGACGAGCUUGAAAGGUCUCAUUCCGCCAUCCAGGCAACUUUGACCGGGCACGUCUCGUCGAUGCGAUCGAGAUACUUCGACGCAGAGCGACAGAUUGCCAUCCAUCAACGGAAGCUGACAGAUUGCCAGAGUGAGCUAGAGGCCAUGAAAGAGGACCUGGAGGGCCAUCAACAGAAGCUCCUGACGUGUGAGAAGCGGAGGGAUGAAGUGGAGGAACAGCUAGCUAACGCCGAUGAGGAACUGAGAGCAGAGAAGCACCGGAGCUCACAACUAGAAGAGGAUCUCGACAAGCGAAAUCAGCAAGUAGAAUCCAUGGAGGAGGAGCUAGAGGAAAAAUCGCGGAGGAUCAAUGAGCUGGAGCGCAAACUUGCGCUGCUGGCAAGAAGCCACAAAGAACAGUCCCUGGUCAUCGAGAAGCAGACGGAGAAACUUCGGGCAAGCAAACAUGUGCAGUCAGUCAUUCAACAGCUCUGCGGGUCGGUUGUGAUAGAGAGCCCGAUGCAUCCUCCUGCUGUGAGGCGGCGAUGA